UUUGCAGUAUUUUCUGAGGGCCAGGGGGGAAAUAGUUUCUAUAAAUUCUUCCCUAGCCCUUGGUAACUGAUUGGUUCCAGUACUGGAUAGUAACUGGGUAGGUGCUGUGAUUAGGUGGUAGCUGUUGAAGGGACCAUGUGGCGAAGCACUGCUGAAAAGUUGAUUUCAUGAGCAUCUUAUCUGAAGUCUGGUUCAUGUGCUGAAGAAAGUUAGGCUGGCGACUUGUCCUGUUUGACUUCUUUGAUUUUAGUGAUUGAUCACCACAUCCCAAUUUAGAUCUCCACAUAGUAAUUCAUUACAAAGACUAUUGCUUUUCAGUCUGAUAAGAGGCCAUAAUCUUUCCUUCCACCCCUUUGAUUGUGUGUCUAUGAAGAGAUGCAUUUGACAUUCACAGAUGUCAGCACAGUGAACACAGCACAAGUGUGUCCAGCUUAGGUUGCAGAACUGUUUUGUCAGCCUUUCAAAACAUCAGACCUGAAUUUAAGAGGUUUUGCUUUAUACAAAAAACAAAUGAGACAUAUAUUUGACAGUUUCACAGUAGAUAAUAAAAGGAUUUGGAAUGGGGCAGAGGGAAGAUGGGAUAUCUUUUCUAACCUGAGAAGUAAGAUCACAUUUCCAGGCACAAAAUGCACAGCAGUUCAAUUUCAGCUAUUAACUGCAUUCCUAAGCUUUAAUUUUAUUUCAUUGUUAUGAAAUAAUGUAGUCAUACUCUUUUUUUAAAGAAAAAUCCAGCUUCAGUGUUGUGUGAUAUUUAUGCCGCAGAAUAAUUGACAGUCCAAGGAAAAAUACAGAGAUGAUCCAUAAACAGUGGCUAAACAUGAGUAAAAUAAUGCUUUAGCAAGGCUGACAGCUUCUGUCAUGGCAUAUAUUUAGAUAGUAACCUAACAAUCUCUGCUGUUUACCUCUUGCCAAAAGUUAAAAGUACUGAUGUUGAAGUAGUUAUAAGUUAAGUUACAUAGAAUUAGUUAAAAAUAUCAUCUUUGUAACUGAACCUUUGGGUUCAAUAAAAAAUUAAUCAGUCUGGAUUUCCUGGAUAGCGCUGUAGCUUGAAUAUGCUGUCAAUAUAUAAAGCAGUCCACCAUCUUUAGACAGAAGUGUUGCUAUCCCAUAAAUACAGUAGAGCCCCAUAUGUUUAGGAUUUUCAAUUUUUUUCUGUUAGAAAGUUUGAAAAAAGAGACUUUGAAGUAUUUUGUUUAUACUAACAGAAGAGAAAAGUUCUCCUAAGAAAAAGCUGGUGGCAGGAGUGUAGAGGAGUAGCAUAUGGCAUUAAAAGGAGCACAGCUGGAGGUAGCAUUUCCAUCUGAACAUGAUGUCAGAGCAGCUGACAGCCUGCCAUCCCUCAGCCUUUUAUUCUAACACACAGACAGGGAGUUAGUGUGUGCAGAUCUGUGUGUGGAGAAGGUAUCUCAUUCCUCUCUAACAUCAUCUCCACUUUGCAUCUGUCUCUCUUAGUCUGCUUUUUUUCCACCGAUCUAACAGACCUGGAGCCAGCAAGACUCAGAGGAAAGGACUUAAUCAGGUUUAUGUGUUCUAAAGUUGCAGGCAGUCUGAGGGUUCUGGUUUCUAUUUUGUAUUUUCUAAGAGUGAUGGAGCAACAAUAUGUUUUGGAAGAAAAUGUGAAAAGGUUAUGAAGACAAUAUGGAGUUUCCUGAUCAUAGUAGACAUUUGCUACAGUGUCUGAGCGAGCAGAGACAUCAGGGUUUUCUUUGUGAUUGCACGGUCUUAGUAGGAGAUGCCCAGUUUCGAGCUCACAGAGCUGUACUGGCUUCAUGCAGCAUGUAUUUCCACCUCUUUUACAAGGACCAGCUGGACAAAAGGGACAUUGUUCAUCUGAACAGCGACAUUGUUACAGCCCCAGCUUUCGCUCUCCUGCUUGAAUUCAUGUAUGAAGGGAAACUCCAGUUCAAAGACUUGCCCAUUGAAGACGUGCUAGCAGCUGCCAGUUAUCUCCACAUGUAUGACAUUGUCAAAGUCUGCAAAAAGAAGCUGAAAGAGAAAGCCACCACCGAGGCAGAUAGUACAAAAAAGGAAGAAGAUGCGUCAAGUUGUUCGGACAAAGUGGAGAGUCUCUCCGAUGGCAGCAGCCACAUAGCAGGAGACUUACCCAGUGAUGAAGAUGAAGGAGAAGAUGAAAAAUUGAACAUCCUGCCUAGCAAAAGGGACUUGGCGGCUGAGCCUGGGAACAUGUGGAUGAGAUUGCCCUCAGACUCAGCAGGCAUUCCCCAGACUGGCGGAGAGGCAGAGACACACGCAACAGCAGCUGGAAAAACAGUAGCCAGCCCCUGCAGCUCAACAGAGUCUUUGUCCCAGAGGUCUGUCACCUCCAUGAGGGAUUCAACAGAUGUUGACUGUGUGCUGGACCUGUCUGUCAAGUCCAGUCUUUCUGGAGUAGAAAAUCUGAACAGUUCUUAUUUCUCUUCACAGGACAUGCUUAGAAACAACCUGGUUCAGGUGAAGGUGGAGAAAGAGGCUUCCUGUGAUGAAAGUGAUGUUGGCACUAAUGACUAUGACAUGGAACAUAGCACUGUGAAAGAAAGUGUAAGCACUAAUAACAGGGUACAUUAUGAGGCAGCCCAUCUGGCUCCUAUGAGGGAAGAUUCUGUCUUAAGGGAGCUAGAUAGAGAGGACAAAGCAAGUGAUGAUGAAAUGAUAACUCCUGAGAAUGAGAGAGUCCAGGUGGAAGGCAACAUGGACAGCAGUUUGCUCCCUUAUGUGUCAAAUAUACUUAGCCCUGCUGGCCAAAUUUUUAUGUGUCCUCUCUGCAACAAAGUCUUUCCUAGUCCCCACAUUCUGCAGAUCCAUUUAAGCACGCACUUUCGGGAGCAGGAUGGGAUUCGCAGUAAGCCUGCUACUGAUGUCAAUGUCCCGACCUGUUCCUUGUGUGGUAAGACUUUUUCUUGCAUGUACACCUUGAAACGUCAUGAGAGGACUCAUUCAGGUGAAAAGCCCUACACUUGCACCCAGUGUGGGAAGAGCUUCCAGUAUUCCCACAACCUGAGCCGCCAUGCUGUGGUUCAUACCCGGGAGAAGCCACAUGCUUGUAAGUGGUGUGAACGCAGGUUCACACAGUCUGGAGACCUUUACAGACACAUUCGGAAGUUUCACUGUGAGUUGGUGAACUCGUUGUCUGUCAAAAGUGAAGCACUGAGCUUACCUACUGUCAGAGACUGGACCUUAGAAGAUAGCUCACAAGAACUUUGGAAAUAAUUUUUAUAUAUAUAAAUAAUAUAUAUACAUAUAUAAAUAUCUAUAUAGUUGUGGUACAGUCUAAAAGCAAUCUUGUUUCCUUGACCUGAAAGUUUGGCUGUUUGCUUGUUUUUGCACUUUAAGGCAGCAUGAACAGUUCACUAAUUUAGCACUCUGAGCAAAUGAACUUUAGAAGUAAUAUGACAAAAUAAUAAACUACAGAAGAUUUUUUGCCCCACUUUUUGGAAUAUGAGCCAGUAGAUACUUUGCUAUUAAAGGAAAUCUCAUUGUAAAAAAACAUAAAAAUUAAAUGGCUUUAUCUUCUCCUACCCCUCAAACACUGCAUUCUCUCAAGACUCAAAAGUUUUUCAUUAUUUUAAAAAUGUGAAUGUAGAAGUUCCCUUUAGUUUUAUCAGUUCCUUUGCAUUUCUAAAAUUGUAUGAGUCCUUUCUAGCUGUUGGAAACCUGAAUGCUUUUAGACACAAAUGGAAAAUUUCUGAAAUGCUGGAUUAUCUAUUUUUAAACAAGCAGUUGACUUAAAACUUAUUAUGGCAACUUCUGGAUUUCUGACAGUUCCCACUGGAAAAA